AUGGAGGAUCUCUUGGAAUGCACUAAAUGCGGAAAUGAAGUAGAUUAAAUAUUAGCAUUGUCAUGUGAACAUAAUCUAUGUCUUUUAUGUUCAGCCAAACUUUAUAAUAAACUAUAAUGUCAAACAUUAGUUUGUGAAAUCUGUUCCUCAUAAACCCUUUUGGAUCCCUCUGCAAUCGAAGUCUUACAAGAUAUGUACAAAUUGCAGUCAUCUCGAAUGUCAACUGCAAAUUUAAAAAGCUCAAGAUAACAAAUCCAAUAUUAAGCAUCCACUCAUUCAAAAGCAUCCUAAAUUCAUCUUAAUACUCAACAAGGAUUGACAGUGACAUGUUAAUAACAUGCAAGUGAAGAAGCAUUACUUUAUUGCUAUUCAUGCGAAACCCCUUGUUUUUGUAUGGAAUGUUAUCUCUAAGGAUUGCAUAAAAAUCAUGAGGUUAAGAAUGUCCAAAAGUCUUAUUCAAUCAUUAGAACAACUAAAGCUGAUCAAUUCUAUUAGAAGGUGAAAUCUAGUUAAGAUCAAUUAUUGCAGGAUUAAUGUAAAUUUGCUGCAAAAAAGAAAGAAUUAGUUGAAAUCAACACUUCCACAAAAAUGUAGAUUCAAUCUAACUUUUAAGAAUUAUACAAAGCUCUUUAAUUGAAAGAGUCUGAACUUAUCUAAGUAGCAGAUGAUACUAUGUGUGAGAAGGUCAAAGAAAUAGAUGCUGAAGUUCAAAAGAUCUAAGCAUAAAUGGAUAAAUUGAAUGACGUUUUAAGUGACAUAGAAUCAUAUUUCCCUGAUCAUCCAGAUCAAAGUCAAGCUAUCAUGGCUUUUAAUUACAUUGCUCUAAACAAUAGGAAAAUAGAUUAACUUACAAGAACCAUUCUUACUGAGAGAAAUACUUGGGGUGCUUCAUUAUAGUUACAAUACUAAUUGGAUCCACAGAGCAUCAUUUAAUAGAUUGAAGAUAUCAGAUCUACCAAACUUAAAAUCAUGUCUUUGAGAGCGUUAGAAACUGUCGAACCUACUAUCAAUGAAAAGAAAUUGUAUGAAAGAGCGAGAGAGGAUAGAACUAAAAGGUUGUUUUAAUUUUAAACUCCCAUUCAGUCAUUAGUGUAGGAUGAAAAUAAGGAGAAUAAUUAAUCUUUCAUUGCAAAUAACGGCGAGUAAACUCAAUUAUCGGAGUUUCAAAGGAAAUUUUAAGAAGCAAAGAGAACUUUAUCAUAAAGAUAAAAAUUAAAUUGA